GACUGCGUGUCCCUCGAAGUUGGAGGAAGGCUGGCACCUAAAGCAACUGUGUUACGACUGUGUGCGGGGCGCUGUCCUUUGGUGCCCGCGGGUAUAGAGCACUAGUUUUGGAAUCCGAGAGAUUUCUUAUAAUGAUGUCUUCCUACCGGCAAAAUGAAGUCGGCCGGAUUCAUUCCUUAACUGCAACUGGAGCCUGGGAACCCCUGCACCUCACUGCCUCCCAGAGGCCGAAGGAAGAGUUGAGGAAGAAGCCAAGAUGUUGCGAGUACUGGGAGUCUUUAUCAGCCUCAUGUGUCCCCAAAUCCGUCUUCUCAGUAAACGCUGCCAGGGACAGGCGUCUUGGAGGAGGGGGAAUGCGUGCUGGAUUUUGAAGGAUGAACAGGAGUUUACCAAACCGGAUUACACAAAGCCUCAGAUACAUGGCUAAAGAUUUGUUUCACUGAUUCAUUAAACAACUGCCACUCCCUUACUGCCCAGUCCUGUCCUGGGUGAUGCUGGAGAAUGAGAGAGGCCUCAGCUCCAGCCCCAUACCUGAGGAUCUCCCAAUGUGGGUCCAGGAUGGGGGCCAUGUCUGUCUGGGCUUUGGGCCUCCUGAUUCUCCAGAUGCUGCUUAUUGUGGCUGGGAAACAGGGCACACAGGACACCACUGCUGCUGCCGCUGCCGCUGCCGAGAAGGGGCUCCACAUGCAGAAGGUGGGGUCUGGGUCGGUGCGGGCCGCGCUGGCAGAGCUGGUGGCCCUGCCCUGUCUCUUCACCCUGCGGCCACGGCCAGGUGCAGCCCGAGAAGCCCCUCGGAUCAAGUGGACCAAGGUGCGGACUGCAUCAGGCCAGCGGCAGGACUUGCCCAUCCUAGUGGCCAAGGACAACGUGGUUCGAGUGGCCAAGGGCUGGCAGGGACGCGUGUCACUACCUGCCUACCCCCGCCACCGGGCUAACGCCACGUUGCUACUGGGGCCACUGAGGGCCAGCGACUCCGGGCUCUACCGCUGCCAGGUGGUGAGGGGCAUCGAGGAUGAGCAGGACCUGGUGCCCCUGGAGGUGACGGGUGUUGUGUUCCACUACCGAGCAGCCCGGGAUCGCUACGCGCUGUCUUUCACUGAGGCCCAGGAGGCCUGCAGUCUCAGCUCUGCCACCAUUGCAGCCCCGCGGCACCUGCAAGCUGCCUUUGAGGAUGGCUUUGACAACUGUGAUGCCGGGUGGCUCUCUGACCGCACUGUUCGGUAUCCUAUCACCCAGUCCCGUCCUGGUUGCUAUGGUGACCGUAGCAGCCUUCCAGGGGUGAGGAACUAUGGGAGGCGAGACCCACGGGAACUCUACGAUGUGUAUUGCUUUGCCCGUGAGCUGGGGGGCGAGGUCUUCUACGUAGGCCUGGCCCGCCGCCUGACACUGGCCGGUGCACGUGCCCAGUGCCGCCGCCAGGGCGCCGUGUUGGCCUCCGUGGGACAGCUGCACCUAGCCUGGCAUGAGGGCCUGGACCAGUGUGACCCAGGCUGGCUGGCUGAUGGCAGCGUGCGCUACCCGAUCCAGACGCCGCGCCGGCGCUGCGGGGGCCCAGCCCCUGGCGUGCGCACUGUCUACCGCUUCGCCAACCGCACCGGCUUCCCGGCUCCGGGAGAGCGCUACGAUGCCUACUGCUUCCGAGCUCAUCACCCUACAUCACAACAUGGAGACCCAGAGACCCCCUCGUCUGGGGAUGAGGGGGAAAUUCUGUCGGCAGAAGGGCCCCCUGCCCAAGAGCUGGAGCCUAGCCUGGGGGAGGAGGAGGUAGUCACUCCCGACUUCCAGGAGCCUCUGAUGUCCAGUGGGGAGGAAGAGCCUCUGAUCUUGGCAGAGAAGCAGGAGUCUCAAGAGACCCCCAGCCUUGCCCCUGGGAGACCCACGCUAGCCUCAGUGCCUGCCCUGGAGGCUGAGGAGGAGUGGCUGAGCACUGUGGCCCCCAGCCCCAGCACCGUGGAGGCAGGCACUGCAGUGGGCAUGCACACAGAGGCAACCCCAGCCAGCAUCAUGCCCAGGAGGAGGGGGCGCUUUAAAGGGUUGAACGGGCGCCACUUCCAGCAACAGGAACCCCAGCGAGGGCUGAAGGGGGGGCUCGAGGCCAGCAUCCAGACCCCUACUCCAGAGGUUGCUGGGAAUUACGUGGAGCCUCCCUUGGCCACAGGAGCCACAGAUGCCUUGGGGAGUGGCCGGAGCCAAAGCCCCUGGGCUGUGUUGACCAAUGAGGUGGAUGUGCCUGGAGAUGGUUCCCCUGGUGGCAGGACCCCCACAGAGUCCUGGCUGUGGCCCCCAACCAUGGUCCCACCCAUCAUCCCUGACCCCAGCAGAGCCCUUGACCUGGAGCUAGAGGAAGCCAAGGGCCCCAGUGUGAGGCCAGCCAUCCUCGACCUACCCUGGUCCGCCUCAGAGGCCACUGGCUCUGCUCCCAGCCCCUUGAAGGGCCCCAGCACUGCCCCAUGGGAAGCAUCCCCCAUGGUCAUUUCUCCUGAUCUCCCUGUCAUGGCCAUGCUUCGUGCCCCCAAACUGUGGCUUCUAUCACACCCUACGUCUCUCCCCACCACCACUGGGGUCAAGGAGUAUAGUGAGGCCAUGGUCGCUGCCCCACCUUCCCCUGACUCUGACUCAGAGACCAGCCUCCAGGACCCCAUUCAUCCAGAAAUGUAUUCCCUACCCUCCUCAGGCCUGACAGGACAAGGUGGAGAGGCCACAUCCCCGACGUUCAGCAGCCACAGAACAGGGAGUACUACAGCCCCUUUGCAGGCAGCCACAGACACACGAGCUGGACCCAGUCCUAACUCCCCCGAGACAGACUUCAGGAAAACUGAGGGAACCAGCCCUACUGGGCUCAGCAAAGCUGAAUGCCCCAGAACCAGCCCACAGACUUCUGUGGACGGGAAUGUGGUGCCAGAUUCCACUCCCACUGAGCCUGCCAGUGAGCCUGUGGGAGCCAGAGGCAUCUCAGGGUCUGAGUCUGGGGUCUUCAGCACAGCAGAGAACCCCACUUCCAGCUUUCAGGCCACCAUGGAUGAGGUGCAGGACACAUUGUCCUCACUACACAGUGAAGGGCUAGACCCCCACCCCUCAUCUGCACCCUCAGGGGGUCCUGGAGUCUCCCUGAUGCCCAAGGUCACCUCAAGUUUGGAGCCUUGGGCUGCUGUAGAUGGAAGAGCCCCGGUGGGUUCCAUGGAUACCACGGCCACACUGGAUCCCAGUGAUGCUGGUGGGAUUUGGGAACCUGGAUCCUAUGUGGUUGAGGGAGCUGAAAGCCUCACUGUGAGCCCUCAAGUGGCUGUGGAUACAAGUGUGGUGACAUCCCGCAUGUCCCAGGACCUGGGGGGCAAGGUUGGGGUCCUGCCCAUGGCCACAAUGGCCUCCUCAAGCUCCCAACCCCACCCAGAGCCGGAGGGCCAGGUGGUGACUCAGGAAACCCCAGGAGCCUUGGCACCUCUGGCUGACGGCAGCCCCCCAGGGGAGCCCGCUCUUCCUCUUUGGACACCGACAGCAGCCAGCCUGGACGAGCCCAUCUCAGUUUCCUCGGGGGAGUCUACCAUGCCAUGGGACUCCUCCAGCACCCAGCUGCCUUCCUCCCUGGGCCCAGCGGAAUUUGAGCUGGAGGUCCUGGCAGGGAGUCCAGGUGUGGAGGGCUUCUGGGAGGAGACAGCAAGUGGAGAGGAGCCAGCCCUGCCAGGGACCCCUGCAAAUGAGAGUGCAGAGGAGGUUCCCUUGGAUCCGUGUGAGAACAACCCUUGCCUGCAUGGGGGCACCUGUGAAGCCAAUGGUACCAUGUAUGGCUGCAGCUGUGACCAGGGCUUCACCGGAGAGAACUGCGAGAUUGAUAUAGACGACUGUAUCUCGAGCCCCUGUGAGAACGGAGGUACCUGCAUCGAUGAGGUCAACGCCUUUGUCUGCCUUUGCCUCCCCAGCUACGCAGGCAGCCUCUGCGAGAAAGACACAGAGGGCUGUGACCACGGCUGGCACAAGUUCCAGGGCCACUGCUACCGCUACUUCGCCCAUCGGCGGGCAUGGGAGGACGCAGAGAGGGACUGCCGCCGUCGAGCUGGCCACCUGACCAGCAUCCACUCUCCGGAAGAACAUGGCUUCAUUAACAGUUUUGGGCGUGAAAACACAUGGAUUGGCCUGAACCACAGGAUUGUGGAGCGAGAUUUCCAGUGGACAGACAACACAGGGCUGCAAUAUGAGAACUGGCGGGAGAACCAGCCCGACAAUUUCUUCGCUGGAGGAGAGGACUGCGUGGUGAUGGUUGCGCAUGAGAGUGGCCGCUGGAAUGAUGUUCCCUGCAACUACAACCUCCCCUAUGUCUGUAAGAAGGGCACAGUGCUGUGUGGUCCCCCUCCGGCAGUGGAGAAUGCCUCGCCCAUCGGUGCCCGCAAGGCCAAGUAUAAUGUCCAUGCCACUGUACGCUACCAGUGCGAUGAAGGAUUUGCCCAGCACCAUGUGGCCACCAUCCGGUGCCGGAGCAAUGGCAAAUGGGACCGGCCCCAAAUUGUCUGCACCAAACCCAGACGGUCCCAUCGGAUGCGGCGACACCAUCACCAUCACCAUCACCAGCAUCGCCACCACAAAUCGCGCAAGGAGCGCAGAAAACACAAGAAACACCCAGCAGAGGACUGGGAGAAGGAAGAAGGGAAUUUCUGCUGAAGAACCAGGCAAAAGAAAGCACAACCCCCUUCCCACACUUCCCCUGGAGCCUUCACCUGGGGAGACAGAGCCCAGAGAGAAACAAGAGGGUCCGAAAGCCCCUGAGCCCCAAACCACAUCCCCUCCCCUUACAUAACCAUUUGUAAAAAGCUCCUCUUUCCUCUUUCUUACAUACACAAGGUCCUCUUGGCAGGUGUAGCCAUGUGUCUGAAAAAUCAGUUCUAGUCGGGCUGAACUCUGGGAGCAUUUUCCAGUGGAGGGAAGCACAAUCGGCAAAGACCAUUCUUUGCACUUGUUUAGACUUUUGUUGGCAAGGCUGACUGCCAGUUGUUGAAAUAAGGCUUUGAUGAGGGUGCAAGAACAUGUGUUUGGAUUCACACUAAGGAACUGCUUUUACCACCAGAGAUUCAGAUUCGGUAAACUGUCAGAUGUCCUAAAUGCAGGCUAAAGCCUUUAGUGAAGGUCAUUGGCUUUGGGAGUAGGAACUACAUGGAAGUACACUGAACUUGAUGACUGCUCUCCUUUUACCUUGGACUUCAGCCCAAGUUUGGUCUUUAGUCUGGCUGGAUAAACUGAGUGUGGAACUCCUAAGUACUGAAUUUUAGGAAUGUUUUUAGAACAACCUCCCUCCAUGCCCUCAGAAUUAGAGGUCAGAAUGGUCAGAGCAAUUUCUGGGCAAUGAUGGGAUGGGAAGAUGUAUUGCUUGCCCUCCCAGGUCUAGUCCAAUACUAAAAUUUGGUGGUUCUGCAUGUAUGGUGAAUUUUACACACACACACACACACACACACACACACACACACACACACAGAUGAGAGGAUGAUUAGGGCUCGAUGAGUCCAGAUUUCUUCCCCCUCCAUCUCUCAGGGAGACAAAGAACCUCCUUCCUGGACCAAGGAGGUGCCAAGUUUUCUAGCUCAGUGCCCAUAUCCAUCCCUCAAGCAGACAUUGGUAGCGCCCCUGCCCGGGUUCCACCCCUACUCACCCCAUCCCUGCCUCCAUCCAUUGCCUGGUGGACUAGAAAUGCUUAACACUUGAAGUAGUGACAUCUACCUGCCGUCAUGUAGAGGGAUGUGCAGGGUUAAAAACUAAACACACACACACAUUUUUCUCUCAGUUUUUUAAAUUUUUUAAGUGGUAAAAAACUCACUUUGCCUUCCUCCCCCAAAUCUGUGACCUGUAAAAGGUCUUCCGAAGCCAGAAGUCAGCAUGUAGCUUCCUGAUCUCUGGCAGGAAAGAGCUACAGCUUUUCCUCCAUGUCCUUUGUCCACUCUCAACUCCUAGAGGAGUUGGGUUACCUAGUCUGGGUAGCAUCUGUGGAUGAAUGUUAAGAACCACAGUAGAAAAUGGCCCUCUGUAGGAAAGAAAAGAAGCAAAUGUAUGGUCCAGCUAAGAGUUCGGUAAAGAAAGAAAUGUGUUGCCUGAGCCUAUAUCCCUCCCAGGAAGUAGUAACUAUGGAGUAGGUACCAUGCUAAGGACUUACACACUAUCUCCUUGAAUCUUCGCAACAGCCCAGUGACCUAGGAACCAAUAUUUUCCCACUUUACAUAACACAAAACUGAGGCUCAGAUUAGAGAAAGGCACUGGCUUGCAAGACAGGAAUAAGGAUUUGGUCCUGCCUCUGUCUGACUCCAAACCCACUCUCUUUGGGGAAAGGAACUGAAACAUAACCACACUCUAACACACAGGAAAAUUCAGGAAAAGAUUGAGAAGUGCAAACGAGACCCUCAUCCUUGACUGUGGUCUUUAGUCAUCCCUAAGACAUUAUCCACUUAUCCAUCCAUUAUCCAGGGAUAUUGGUUUGUCUUCUAGCUUUGAUAAUUCCUCUUGGUUUAAAAAGUGUAAAAAUAGUAACACAUCUUCAGACAUCCAUGUCACAAAAGAAUUUCCUUUUGGAGUGGGGGGCCUCUGGGGGUGCAACUUUUUUGGGGAGGGUCUUGGUUUAUGCUCCUUGCCCCGGCCCCCUCAACCUGCCCCUGCCCCUACCCCUACCCCAGCUCCAUGGUGGGAGGGGGCUCUGAUCUUUUCUAAAGUGUGUGGUUUGUCUUUUGGUCUUUCCCUUUGAGAUGUGCGUGUGUUUGCGUGUGCCACGUGUGAGGCAUGCGUCUGAGUGUGUGUGCGUGUGAACAGCUUUGGGUUCUGUUGGUUUUGCUGUCAGCUGCAGUGUUCUGUGGGUCUGUGGUAUCUGACACUGUGGACAUUAAUGUACUUCUUGAACAUUUUAAUAAAAAUUUUUAACAGUUCA